AUGACUUUAGGGCAGUUGCUCUUCUUCUUCUUCUUCUUCUUCUUCUUCUUCUUCUUCUUCUUCUUCUUCUUCUUCUAUGUACCAUUAUUUUUAUCCAUACAGGACGUUGCCGGUCAUAACUCAUAUUAUUACAAUUACCAAGUUCCCCUUUUUUGUAAUCUUCGACAAUUUCUUCUUGCACUCUUCUUUUUGUACUUCUUCUUCUUCUUCCUCUUUUUCUAUGUACAUUACUCCUUCAGGAAGUUGCCAGUCAUAACAUUUAUUAUUACAAUUACCAUUUACAUAUCGUCUCAUUAUCUUCUCUUCCUCUUCUUCUUCUUCUUCUUCUUCUUCUUUCCUUCCUCCUUCUUUUUUUAUUCUUCUUUUUCUUUUUCUUCAUCUUCUAAUAUGUACCUUGCCCCUUCAUGGCGUUGUUGUUGCUCUUCUUCUUCUUCUUUUCCUUCUUCUUUUCCUCCUCUUUUUUCUUCUUCUUUUUCUUCUUUUUCUAUGUACCUUACCCCUUCAGAACGUUCCCGCUGCUCUUCUUCUUCUUCUUCUUCUUCUUCUUCUUCUUCUUCUUCUUCUUCUAUGUACCUUACCCCUUCAGAAGCAAGAAUCUACCCGUUUCUAUUAAACACCCGUUUCUAUCAAACACCCGUUUCUUUUAAAAUACCCGUUUCUAUCCAACGCCCCUUUCUAUACAAACACCUCCAACACCCGUUUCUAUCAAAUAUCUGUUUCUAUCAAUCGCUCCUUUCUAUCCAACGCCCCUUUCUAUACAGACACUCGUUUCUAGCCAACACCCGUUUCUAUCAAACACCCGUUUCUAUCAAACACCCGUUUCUAUCAAACACCCGUUUCUGUCAAACAUCCGUUUCUACCCAACACUUGUUUUUAUCAGACACCCGUUUCUAUCAAAUAUCUGUUUCUAUCAAUCACUCUUUCUAUCAAACACCUGUUUCUAUCAAACAACCGUUUCUAGCCAACACACGUUUCUAUCAAACACCCGUUUCUAUCAAACACCCGUUUCCAUCUAACACCUGUUUCUAUCAAACAACCGUUUCUCUCAAACAUCCGUUUCUACCCAACAAUUGUCUCUAUCAAAUAUCUGUUUCUAUCAAAUAUCUGUUUCUAUCAAUCACUCUUUCUAUCAAACACCUGUUUCUAUCAAACACCCGUUUCUAG